GAAAUUGACAUGAAUAGUUUCGUCGGGCUGCUAUUGAUCGAAUAACCGGCAUAGAGAUAAAUGGUUCGCGAUUGCUUAGCAUCGACUUGCGCGUCGCGAAAAGCAGGUACAAUCCAUUGGGAGUGGUGCAGAUCAUAUGUUGGAUGAGGCACCGAUGACGAAAGCGGGUGGGGAAACAUCAAGACAACGAAAGGAGCACACGCGACAGCUCAACCCACGACACUGCCAGUGUGCAUGCUCAAGUGCUACGAGCCCUAAUUUGCGACUGGAGAGUUAACGAUUCGAUAGCUCAUACUUUCAAACUUCCAUCUGUAAUUCUGAACUGCACCUUCAUCUGUCAACAUGCGGACAUCCAAGCUCAUGGCCCUUGCAGCUAGCUUAGGCGCAGCUCUCGCCCUACCCACCGAACUAUUGCAACAACCACUCGGAGACGCGACACCAAGCAGCUUUCUCAAAGUUCAACAGGAACUGAGAAAAGCGGAGAUCAUACCCACAGUAAUCGACGAUUUUCUGCCCUCAUUGACCCUCACGGUAUCAUGGAAAAAGGAUGCUGCCGACCUCGGCAAUACCAUCAAGCCGAAACGCUUACAAAAGCAGCCCACCCUCUUGCUAUACGAUGAAGCAGGUCCAGAGGGAUUGUCAUCAUCCGAUCUGAGUUAUGUGGUCACUCUCACCGACCCGGAUGCUCCGUCCCGCGACAAUCCGGAAUGGUCAGAAAUGUGCCACUGGAUAGCGGCCAACGUCUCCGUCUCGCAGAAGACUGUGUCCAUCCUCCCUAUGCCUAUCUUUGGAAUGGAAGAAGUAGAUGAAGCAAGUGCCCCCGACGACGUUAUCGAGUACAAGCCACCUGGCCCACCCGAGAAGACAGGCAAGCACCGCUACGUGUUCCUGGUAUUUGCACCUCGCAAUGGGACGACUGAGCCGCUGCAUUUGAGCAAGCCAGAGGACAGACAGCAUUGGGGAACUGGCGAGGAGAGAGGUGGUGUGAGGGAUUGGGCAAGGGAGAACGACCUGGUGCCUGUGGCGGCAAACUUCAUGUAUUCGCAGCACAAGAAGCAGUGAGAAGGUCGCACAAGAGCAGCCGCUGGCAUAGAAUUUGUACAAGACCUACGGCAUUCGAAUCGAUUUCAGGACGAGCUUGAACGUCGUGCAAUACUUCAAAAGCCGCCAGAUCAAAGUCAUAAAGACGUAUC